AUUAAAAAAAAAAAUUGAUUAAUGCAAGAACAUUAAAAAAAAUGCACCAUGUAUAUAUCAUGUAAGAUUCGCUUGUGAUUAUAUCAUGUAAGAUUCACAUGUGAUUGUAUCUUUUAAGAUUCAAAUGUGAAAUUUACAAGAAAAUUUUAAAAAAUAAUAAACGAACAACACUCACAUAGGCAUGGAUUGGCUGAGCCCAAAUGAGCGGUAAUCGACUAUGAGCAACAGUUGGUUAGUGUCAGGACCCCAAGUGGGGGAGAGCUGGUGAUUUACGGCGAGAGACCGCAACAUGGACCAACUUUAUGUUCAAUAGCAAGCACUUGGCGCUACCUUCAGUAGGGUUGUGCACGUUAUGUCGUCUACGUCAUGGAUACCCGAGAGGUGGGUAAGGUGACCAUGAGCGUUGUGUCACUUGUACGAGAGUACCUGGAUGUAUUCCCAGAGGAGUUGUCUGGGAUACCUCCAGAGAGACAAAUGGAGUUCCGGAUCGACCUAGUCCCUGGUGUGGCCCCGAUAGCCAAGGCACCAUACCGGUUGGCUCCUCUCGAGAUGCGUGAGUUGUCUACACAGCUGCAGAAGCUAUUAGAAAAUGGAUUCAUCAGGCCGAACAGUUCGCCUUGGGGAGCCCCGAUCCUGUUUGUGAAGAAGAAGGAUGGGUCACAUCGGAUAUGUAUAGACUACCGGGAACAAGGUAACGGUGAAGAACCGUUACCCACUCCCGAAGAUUGAUGAUCUCUUCGAUCAGCUUUAGGGGGCAUCUUGGUUUUCCAAGAUUGAUUUGCGUUCAGGCUAUCAUCGAAAGAGAGUCAGAGAUGAGGAUGUACAUAAGACUGCUUGUCGGACUCACUAUGGCCACUACGAGUUCGUGGUGAUGCCCUUUGGGCUCACCAAUGCCUUUAUUGUGUUCAUGGACCUCAUGAAUCGCGUAUGCAGACCGAUGCUAGAUCGGUCUUUGAUACUCUUUAUUGAUGACAUCUUGGUUUACUCCAAGACGUAGGAGCAACAGGAGGAACACUUGCGGGAGGUGUUAGAUACCCUGAGGAGGGAGAGCUUGUAUGCCAAGAUCUCCAAGUGCGGGUUUUGGUUGCUGUAGGUGUAGUUUUUGGGGCACCUUGUCAACUAGAAUGAUAUUUUGGUUGACCCGGCCAAAGUAGAGGCCGUGAUGAGAUGGGAGGUUCUGACGUCUCCAUCUGAGAUUUGGAGUUUCCUCGGGUUAGCAGGCUAUUACCGAAAAUUCAUACAGGACUUCUCCAAGAUAGCAGUACCCUUGACCUGACUGACAAAGAAAGCCGUUGUAUUUCGCUGGGGGCCUGAGCACCAGACAUCGUUCGAGACGUUGAGGCAAAAGUGUGUAAGGCGCCGAUCUUAGCCCUGCCAGAGGGCGUGGAGGAUUUUGUAGUAUAUUGCGAUGCGUCCAUCUCAUGUAUGGGUGCAGUGUUGAUGCAGUGAGGGUACGUCAUCGCCUACGCCUCGAGGCAGCUGAAGCCUCACGAUGCGAACUACCCAACGUAUGACGUGGAGUUAGGGGCGGUUGUUUUCGCCCUCAAGAUUUGGCGACACUACCUCUAUGGGGUCUGUUGUACCAUUUACACGGACCACAAGAGCUUGAGGUACCUCAUGGAUCAGCCGAAUCUGAACAUGAGGCAGCGACGGUGGUUGGAUGUGGUGAAGGAUUACGGUUGGGAGAUCUUGUACCACCUAGAGAAGGCCAAUGUUAUGGCUGAUGCACUUAUCCUCAAGGCAUUCGCAGCCUCGAUCAGAGACAUUUGUCUGAGGAUGACAAUAGUGACUCCGCUUCUGGAGAUGAUCGGGGAGGCCUAGUAGGAGGCUAUGAAGAAGGAACAUCGGAAGAGUGAGCAUAUAGUGGACCCGAUUUCCUCCUUCGACUAUGAUAGCCACGGGCUGUUGACACUUCACCAUAGAGUGUGGGUUCCGUAUGCAGGCAGUGUGUGCCAGAUCCUGAUGGAGGAGGCACAUAAGUCCAAAUUUUUCAUCCAUCCCGAGGCAACGAAGAUGUAUAUAGAUCUUCGUCCUGAUUACUGGUGGCCCUGCAUGAAGCGGGAUGUAGCCAGGUACAUUGAGAGGUUCUUGACCUGCAGGAAGGUCAAGGUCGAGCACCAGAGGCCUCACGGAAAGACGCGACCGUUGGAUAUACCUGUGUGGAAAUGGGAGGAUAUUACUAUGGAUUUCAUCACAAAGCUUCGUAGGACCACACAGGGAGUGGAUUCAAUUUGGGUCAUCGUGGAUCGGUCGACCAAUAGUUCCCAUUUCAUACCGAUUUAGGAGAGCAUUUCAGCCGAAAAGCUGGCCGACAUCUACAUCAGAGAGGUAGUAGCUCGACAUGGAGUGCCAGUUUUCGUGAUUUCUGACCGAGAUGUACAAUUUACUUCCAGAUUCUGGAAGAAAUUUAAUGACGAGUUGGGUACUCGUCUGCACUUUAGCUUGACUUUUCAUCUAAAGACGGAUGGUCAGAGUGAGCGGACCUUCCAGACCUUGGAGGAUAUGCUGCGGGCAUGUGCUUAGACUUUGGUGGUAGCUGGGAUACCUACCUUCCCUUGGCAUAAUUUUCUUAUAAUAAUAGCUACCAUGCCAGCAUCGACCGUCCUCCAUUCGAGAUGUUAUAUGGGAGGAAGUGCGCAACCCUGAUAUGUUGGGGUGAGGUUGGACAGAAAGUCACAGGGAGUACCGAAGUGGUACUCAAGACAACCUAGAGGAUCUAGCAGGUCCAAAGUAGAAUCCAGACGACCAAGAGUCGGUAGAAGAGUUACGCCGACCGACGAUGAUAUGGUCCUCCUGAAGGUGUCACCUUGGAAAGGGGACAUCUGGUUCAGGAAGCGGGGCAAGGUGGGCCCCAGAUACAUCGGACUGUUCAGGGUUAUAGCCUAGGUAGGCAAGGUUGCGUAUGGGCUGGACCUACUAGCUGAGCUCAGUCAGAUCCAAAGCACCUUUCAUGUCUCCUAGCUGCGGAAGUGCUUGGUAGAUGACUCUGUAGUGGUACCCUUAGAGGAUAUUUAGGUGGAUGACAGUUUGAACUACAUCGAGCGACCAAUAGCCAUCCUUGACAGGACGACAAAGGAUUUGAGGAACAAGAGGGUGGAGUUGGUGAAGGUGCAGUGGCAGCACCGCAAGGGCUUGGAGUUGGUUUGGGAGCUGGAGGAUGAGAUGAGGGGGGACUACCUCGAACUAUUUCUGGGUGCAGCAAACUUCGAGGACGAAGUCUAAAAUAAAUGGGGGAGAUUUGUAACACCCGGUUCCUGCUUGUGAGAGAAGGAGAAGCUCGGGGAUUCAAGAGGAAGCUUGUAGAUCCAAAGUUUGAGCUGCAUUUCUGACUCAUUUGAGGUAUAAAUUUGAUACAUUGGCUUUCUAUUACUUAGAUUUUCAUUUAGGGAAGUAUGUUGUCACUUUUGGGCCAUAUUGAAGUCAUUUUCGGGAUUUGAGUAUAUCAUGAAGUUGUGACUUCAGAUCUAGGCACUCAUGAGCUUAUGAGGCUUAAAGUUGUCAGCUUUAUCAAGCAUUGGCUCUUCUCCAUGCCCCAAAUCUAGGCAUUCAACGUAAAUCUAAGCAACCAAGGGGUAGUGUUGUAACUCAUUUAUGUUGGUAGUGAUUGCUCAUAUUUAUGUAAUUCAUAAGUAGCAAUUAUGUAUAAUCUUUGGUUCACUCACUUCUAUAUAAAGGUUGCUAUGUCCUCUUGUAUUACACAUUCAUAUUAUCUAACAAGAAUCUUUGCAUGAUCGUUAAGUUGAGCUAAUUUUUCUUAGGAUAGUUAUCAUAUUAAUUUUUCACAUAGUUAUCUUAUUAAUCAAUAAUUAAUUUUUCAACUAUCGUUUAAUUUUCAUCUAACAACUAGCUAUUUAGUUCCAAAAAAAUGUCCAGAUUUUAUUGUUUUAUCAUUUCACACCUAAACCAAUAUGGAUAACAUGAUUAACAUCUAGCAGGAGUCAAAUACAACGCCUUUUUCUUUUUCCAGGGACUCAGGGAGUGUAGUAUACCUAACCAGAAAAUUAUCACUAAAACCAUGGAUAUUCAUUCAUCGAUUUAAGGAUGUCCAUAUGAUAUGAUAAACGGCUUCAGUCAUAUAACAUUUUAUCGAUUAUAUUCUUGAAAGACGUAUAAAAAUGUGUCAGCAUUGCUAAUGAAUAGAAACUUUUAGACCAAUUCUCUACCAAUUCAUUUUGUUUUGUUGUAUACAAACAAAUUAUGCCGGCCGAAUUUCUUAGGAAUGAAAGUCUCAUUUGCUUUGUGUUAAUUGUUCGUGCUUCACAUCGCCAUUAAUCUCCGAUCCCACCACACCUCGUCACUAUCACUUUCCACUGUUUCUUGAUUCCUCCAAUAAUCACACAACUAAAAAAAAUUCAUCGACUUUUCUACAGAUUCUCUCAUUCAAAAUGUACCCAAACUCCAUCCUCAACGAAACCCAAUUCCUAGAUUAUAAUCCCUUGGAAAGGUAUGAUUAUGAACAGGUGGACAAUCAGUUUCCGGCGCCGGAAAUAGAGAACCAGGCAGUCGACGAAGAACUCCCUCCGUUAGAAGACGUAAACAACACCAUCAAUCAGUUUGAUGCGCAGCGAUUGUCAGUCCAGGUUCCAGAUCUCGAUAACCAUGAUCAGACACCGUUCUUGAUACCGGAAUUCGACCAAUUAACGAAGGGGAUUGCAAAUUCAAAGUUAAAGUCAAAAUCAGCGAACCGCGAUCUGAAUUCUCCGGCGUCCCUAGAGCUUCUGAGUUUUUCCCGGAGCAAAUUUAAGCGUUUACCAGACGAAAUUGUACCGGAUUGUGCCGGGAAACUGUCGACGGUGGAAAUCAUCGAACUGGCAGCGGAGAAGUUUAUAAAGUUUUCAGCUCAACAGGUCAAUGGGUACACCAUCUUCACUCAUCCGUACGGGUCGUCGGCGUUCACGAGCUUAUCGAUAGACGAGACCAGAGAGGUGGAGCUUGUUUUCCAGCUUUUGACUGCCGCCGAGAAUGUUAGCCGGAAACAGUUUGAUGUUGCCAGCAAAUUCAUAGCACGGUGUGGUUGGGUGGCGUGCGACAGCGGCUCUCCGGUUGAACGGCUGGUGUUCUAUUUAUGCGAAGCAUUGCAGAAAAGAAUUGGAAAAGAAAUUGAUAUACCGGUUGCUACGAAACUAGAAAAACAGUGUCUAAAGAAUGAAAAUCAUAUGGCAUUGGGAACAAAUAUGACAUUCUUGGCCGUUUAUCAAGCCCUUCCGUUCAAUCAAGUGUUGCAUUUCACUGGCAUACAAACAAUCAUCGAUCAAGUUGGGACAUCAAAGCAAGUGCAUUUGAUCGACAUCCACAUUAGGAGCGGUGUACAAUGGACAGCUAUGAUGCAAGCAUUGGCAAACCAAAGUUCACAAAUUGAGCUUUUGAAACUUACCGCAUUUGCAACAACCUCAGAUGUCCAAGAAGUCGGGGAAACCGGAAAAAGAUUGGAGAGUUUUGCAACAACUUUGAGUUUGCCCUUCUCAUUUAAAAUGUUAGUGCUAUCGGACAUCACCGAGGUGGAAGAAAAGCAGUUUGAGGUCCAGGAUGGGGAAGUAAUCGCAGUCUAUUGUCAUAUGAUUCUAAGAACAAUGAUUUUGAAGCCCCAAAGGUUGGAAAAUAUGAUGAGAGCUAUCAAAACGAUCAACCCCUCGAUUGUUGUUAUAGCUGAGGUUGAAGCCAACCAUACUUCAACUUCUUUUGUGAAGCGGUUUACGGAGACGUUAUUCUUCUAUGGUGCUUAUUUUGAUUGUUUGGAUGCAUGUAUGAGUGGAGAUAAUGUUCAUAGAUCCGUGAUGGAAGGUGUUCAUUUUGCUGAUGGGAUACAAAACAUAGUGGCGUCCGAGGGGGACGAGCGGAUGAGUAGGAGUGUGAAGAUGGAUACAUGGAAGUCGUUUUUUGCAAGGUUUGGGAUGGUGGAGAUUGAGUUAAGUGAUUCGUGUCUUUAUCAAGCACAACUUGUGUUGCAACGGUUUUCAUGUGCAAAUUCUUGCAUGCUUGAGAAUAAUGGAAAGUGUUUAAUUAUUGGGUGGAAAGGAACUCCAUUGCAUUCUCUUUCGACAUGGAAGUUCAUUUAGUAAUGAUGGAUUGUAAUACUUUUGGUUUCCUAAGCCUAUAAUUGUUUUAGGGACAUUUAGACGGCAGAACAAUGUUAAUAAGAUAUAAUUUGCAAUA